AUGGAUCCUGGUUCCGAGGAGCUGCGCUCGGGCGUCUUGCCGCGCGCACAGGAAUUCAAAGAGAGCACUUUGGAGAAAUUAACGGAGGUCGCCAGUGCGGGUGCGGGGGAAGUAACACAAGGAGCAGGUGCUGCAUAUAAAGCAGGUGCAGACCUGGCGAGCGAAGCGCUCCAUUCGGCGCGCGAAGUUGGAGGAGCGGCCGCUUCAGCGCUUGGCGAUACGAUACAUUUGGUGGACGAUGCUGCGGGACAUGUCGGAGCGCUGGCGCACGGAGCCUAUGGCGACAUCGCGAGCACUGUCAAAACGGCGCGUGAUACGGCCACGCACGCUUUCUCGGAAGGUGUGCACAAAACUGCUGAUCCGAUGGGGGAUGCAGCUCACCAUGUUGCACAUACAUUUGGCGAUGCAGUGCACGAAGCAAAAGGAGCCGGUGCAGUCUCAGGUGGUGCAGCAGGUGCAGUUCAUUCAGUUGAAGAUACAUUUGAUGACCUGGUGCAGAAAUUUAAAGGAUCAGGAUCAGAUAUUCGUGGAGUACCGGCGGUCAAAGAUGAAGACUUGAUUGGCCUUUCUGAUGUGAGUAGUGGCACUGUCGGUGUGAAGCAUGAGUUUGAUAGAGGGCCAGAUGUCAAGUCGUAUAAGCCCGCUGGCCCAGGUGCUGCUGUCAAAGGAGAACCGUGGAGCUCCAGCUGGGAGCAGUUUGGCGACAGAGGUGGUCAAGUACAGCGUCCUGAGGACACGAUACAUAAUGAGGUGGCUGACGUACACGACCAGAUAGAGUCAUUAAUCGAGAAAAUGCACACGGCGCGCACACCUCAGCACGUGGACCGUGUCUGCUUUUUUGCUUAUCAUACUUCGUUAUCAGAUGCAAGCAGUGUCGAAGAGAAUACAUACGAUAGAAGCGGACCACUGACUAUACCAUCACAGGUCCCCAGAGACACAGAAGCGGGUGUGCAAGGAGAUAAAGCGCUUCAGCUGGGCGACAGCGCAGAUUCACCGACACACCGCAGGGGCUUCCGUAUUUAUGAAUCUGAUAUUAAGGUAAAGCUGAGAGCUCUCAGUGGCUUUGAAGUGUCGCCUCGUCCGCCAACACCACCGAAGGAACUGGACGAUGAAGACGUGAAGCCGACAACGAUCGAUGUUGGUCAGCCCGCGUACAAAUCAAGUACAGCUUUUUUUAAAUCGAAUUUGAAAACUUCCUCUUGCUUGUAA